CAACAGUGUCUCGGUGUUAUUUUAUCCCUGACAAGGAACAUCCAACAGCAAUCUGCCUGGAUACUAAUGGACACGUUGCCGUCUACCUCUUCCAACAUGUCCGCAGCUAUUCUUCCCUACGUGUGAUGUAACCGCGCAUGCGCCAAGCUGCGCCAAACUGAGAAAGCGCGCCUUAGUUUAAAGCACCCUCUGUGGCUGAGAGAGACAGAACUGCUGCAGGAAGUGGCGCAAGUGCAAAUAAGCCAUGGGAAUUCAGGGGUUGUUACAGUUCCUAAAGGAAGCAUCAGAGCCAAUCCACGUGAAGAAGUACAAAGGGAAAACGGUGGCAGUGGACACCUAUUGUUGGCUUCACAAGGGUGCAUUUGCUUGUGCCGAAAAACUUGCUAAAGGGGAACCUACUGACCAGUAUGUUCAGUUCUGCAUGAAAUUUGUUCACAUGCUCCUCUCCUUUGGUGUCAAGCCUAUACUUGUUUUUGAUGGAUGCACAUUACCUUCAAAAAAAGAUGUUGAAAAAGCAAGAAGAGAGAAACGACAGACAAACUUGCAAAAGGGGAAACAGCUGCUACGAGAAGGCAAAUUGGCUGAAGCUCGAGAGUGUUUUGCACGCUCUGUUAACAUAACUAGCUCAAUGGCACAUGAUGUUAUCAAAGCUGCUCGUGCUGAAGGUAUUGACUGCAUCGUGGCUCCUUUUGAAGCAGAUUCACAGUUGGCAUAUUUGAAUAAAAAUGAGUUUGCUGAAGCAAUCAUUACAGAAGAUUCUGACCUUUUAGCAUUUGGCUGCAAAAAGGUGAUUUUAAAAAUGGACAAAUUUGGAAAUGGUUUAGAAAUUGACCAGGCACGAUUUGGAAUGUGUAGGUCGCUUGGUGAUGUAUUCACUGAAGAAAAAUUUCGCUACAUGUGCAUUCUCUCUGGCUGUGAUUAUCUUCCCUCCAUUCAUGGCAUUGGAUUAGCCAAAGCAUGUAAACUUCUGAAAAUUGCAAACAACCCUGAUAUUACCACGGUAAUUAAGAAGAUUGGGCAGUAUUUGAAGACCAAUAUAACGGUACCUGAUGGAUACAUUGAAGGAUUUCUUCGAGCAAAUAAUACAUUUCUUUACCAGUUGGUCUUUGACCCUGUGGAAAGAAAGCUAAUUCCAUUAAAUCCCUAUGGGGAUGAUGUUAAUCCGGAAGAAUUAAGUUAUGCAGGGCCAAAUAUGGGAGACUCGGUUGCCCUUCAGAUUGCACUGGGAAAUAUGGAUAUCAACACCAUGAAACAAAUAGAUGACUACAAUCCUGAUAACCCUCAGCUCUCUCAUAGGAGUCAAAGCUGGGACAGUAAGCAGUUAAAUCGAAAGGGAGCACAUACAAAUAGCAUUUGGCAUACAAAAUCUGAGCCUUGUAAAAACAAGAAUGAAGAAAAACACAGCCCAAGGGGCUUAAUCCUUUCAAGCAAAAAGCAGACAGUGAAAAGGCCGUAUGAAGAUGGAGUCUCUGAUACUGACUUGCUCAGCCAGUAUUCAUUUUCUAAAAACAAGAAAGCCAGACCAGAUAGGGACAGCCCUGUACAUCAGGUUCCUGCUAGCACAACAAUUUUACAGCCACUGGAUGGGGCAAACACCAAAGAACCAAAACACCAACCUAAAACCAGGAAUGCAUUUGCUACAUUCCUGCAGAGGCAAAAGGAAGACUGCAGGUCAGUCUCUGCCACAGGAACCCGAAGCAGGUUUUUUUACAAGCCAGCAGAUGAAAAACCCCACUGUACUUUGACAGAUGAUGUAAGCCACCUGGCAGAAAAAGACCAGAUUGUAUGUAAAGGCAGUAUUUUGGAAAUUCCCAAAGAAACACCUCUAUUGGUUGAAGAACAGAAUAUAAAAACUGAAAAAGAGGAUACUUCUAUCAUCAUAGAGGAGUGUAAACAGGGCAAUAAAUGGAUAUCUCCUUUGCAAAACCAAAGGCGCUGCUUUACUUGGUCUGGAUCACUGGUCAGUGAAAGUUCCCUGGCACCCAAGCAAUCUCCCAUGUUGCUCUCACUACAAAAAUUUAACAGAACAGCUCCUUCUAUGAAGGAACAUAAUGAGGUGGAAAGCAAAUGUAAUUGGCAAGCCAGUUGUACCAAGUCAGAUACAGUGUCACCACUCGACUCAAAUGAAAAACUCCUGAAACAGGAUAUAGAGGACGCUGACUUGGAUGAACCUACCAGUACCCCAGAGUCUCCAUGCCAGUUUUCCAUGAAAACCUCACCUGUUCACCAUUCUCUCUUUCCUGAGGGCAUCGCUCCCAAAAGCAAGGUUCCUGGGCUCCUUAAAUCACAGUCUGUAGUUUCUGGACUCAGAACAAAAGUAAAACCAAGGGCACCAGCAAAAGUUAGUGGCUUGACAAACAGAGGUAAUCCAAAGGCUGUUCGAAAUAAUGAAAAUAAUCCGGGACUGCAAGCAACAAUUGGUGACCUUUGGAAAAACUUCAGCUAUAAGAAGUAACAGGUAUUAAUAGGAAUAAUUUUGCUAUUUAUGAACUUGAAGGCUACAUGGAGGACUUUAUUCAAACAGGCUACAACUCUAGUCAUUCUCUGAAGAGUGAUUGCUCUACACAUUACAUGGCAAGCCUUAAACUUCCAGUACAGACCACUGACCUUAAAGGAAAUGGAUUAAUUUUUAUGAAAUUUCUCGUCAGAUUUCAUUUUUCAGCUGUAAUCGCUGCUAAUAUACAGAAAUGUUUAAAUACGGUCUUAAUGCCAUUUUUGCUGGGAAUGUAAUUUUCCAUCAGAAGCACAUUUCUAAUAGCGGAACUUUAAGAUUUCAUAAACUUUCACUGUUCUGGUAGUUGAAACAUUCUCCACAACACAGGGUUCUGCGGAGGAAUUAUUGCGUAUGUUAAUGCUGAAAUGAAUGUAUAUGCAUUUAAUGUGCAAUUUAGCUGCUCUGUAUUUUUUUUCAAGUGGAAUCACAAACACUGUAAAUAAGUAAAUGUAAUUUUGCCUUUAUAUAUACAAUAUACAAAAACUAAAUGUGUUCUUUAUAAUGUUACAUGUCCAAUAGGCCACACUGUCCUUUUUCAAAAUAAAUGGCAAAUAACCGCACUUAAACACGUGCUUGCAGAGUAGAUAUUAAUGCAGUAAAUAUUUUGGGGUUAUAUAGUAAAAUGGGUAAUAUUCGCUACAGGUUUAAUUGGGUGCCAUGGGUUACUGCACUUGCCCAAACAUUUUGCCUUUUAUUACAUAAGAGGGGGUAAGGUAUUUAAUAUUUGAUUUUGUCCAAAAAACACAAGCUUCAUUUGUAAUAGAGUGUAAUUAACUAAUUAUAGUUUUACCGUAAUUGUUUUAAAUUUGAGACUUUUUUUUUAAAGAAAAAAAAAAAACGGACCUAAACUAUAUUGGGAAUUAAAAAGAAAAAUAAUUUCCACAAAUAAUCCACAACAAUUUCAAACAGACAAAAUUGCAUCACCUGUACACUGUUACAUAUGUGACAAAAAUUCUAUGCACAUUGGUUUUAGAUUAGGCUUCCUGGCACUACGGGGCAUACUUUAUAAAUAUUCCUCUUUCUCAAAUUAAGAAAAUACCCUUUACUUUAGUGAGAAGCAAAAUCAUACACCUGCCCAUAGGAAACUUCUAAAUAUACAUUGCAUGUCUUAUGUUGGCUCAACUGUUAUCCAGCAAAUGCCUAACAGACUGCAUCCAUUAGCUUCCUCCAACAUGACCAUUAAGCAAGCAUAUCACCAGCAACUGUAGCUCAAAUGUAUGAGUAACUAGCACCCUGACUGAGUUUGAGCAUUGUUACUUGGGAAUGUGUUUUUUUUCUGUUUUGAGCUUAUGGCAGGGAAUAAGGAUACAUAUUCACUAGCUCUGCUUAGAAAAAGGAUAGUAGUGUGAAAAACUGCAAUGGUGUAAGUAAAUCCCAUUUAUUUGAUCCUCAAUCAUACUCUAGUCUACGGUUUAUUUCAGGAAAACAUCUUUGCUAUUCUGGCCUUAAUGACUGUAUUGCUACUCUUCUGUUUCUUUUUCAAUUGAUACUCAGUUGUAUAUAUAGAAUAUGUUUGAGUGAACUUGUCAACUGUACAUACCUGUAUAUGGUCUAUAAAAUAACCUUGCUCUUUGCACAAAAACUAAUAAAUAAUUUUUUAGAAUUUUUUA